AUGAUAAAUCAUUACCAUCUGUCUGAGGAGAACAGAAAGGUGACACGUGUGAGAGAGAAACAGUCGUAUCCUGAUCAUCCAGACAGAUUUGAUGAGUGUCCUCAGGUGUUGUGUAGAGAGAGUGUGUGGGGACGCUGUUACUGGGAGCUGCAGUGGAGUGGAGAUGUGUUUAUAUCAGUGUCAUAUAAGAGCAUCAACAGGAAGGGACGGGGUAAUGAGUGUUGGUUUGGAUAUAAUGAUCAGUCCUGGAGUUUGAUCUGCUCUUCCUUCAGCUACUCAUUCAGACACAAUAACAUAGAGACUGUUCUCCCAGUAAAGUCCAUCAGCAGGAAAAUAGGAGUGUUUGUGGAUCACAGUGCAGGAACUCUGUCCUUCUACAGCGUCUCUGACACAAUGAGCCUCGUCCACACCGUCCAGACCACAUUCACUCAGCCGCUCUAUCCUGGGUUUAGGGUUGGUUCUGGGUCAUCAGUAAAACUGUGUUGAUGAAUCAGAAGAGACUGAUGAGAGAUUCUACCCAUAAUGCUUUGAGCUGCAUGAUAAAUCAGUAACAGUGAGAUGUUACAGUGUCGUCUUUUCUGUUCAUUACAUUAAUACUACAGAUGAACUUCUGUCACUGAAGUAUCUACUUGAGAAAAGCCCUACCUAUGCCUCUGUGUUGUGUUGAUGGAAUUAGUGAUUUAGUUUUUAUUGUGGUGUCACAUUGUCAAAACUUUGUCUUGUGUUUCAGUAGGUUUUUAUGUUGUUCGUAGAUUAACUUUAACAUAAUUCACAAAAUCUAAUUCCACCUGUGAUUCAGUUUUGUGAUAGCAUAAAAGAAAUGUCCCUUAGGAAUCCUGUUUUGUCGCUUGACCAGAAACCCAAU